AUGGUCUACCCAGGCACUAGAAGCACCGGCUGCGGCCAGUGCCGAAAGCGAAAGAUCAAGUGCGACGAGGCGCGUCCAGGCUGCCGACGCUGUCAAAAGUCCGGCAUCGAGUGUCCUGGCUACUACCGCCCGCUGGAGCUGCGAUUCCACACCGACGGCGGCAACCUGCUCCACGCCAGCUCGCUAAAGAAGGGUAGCAGUAGCUCCGCAGAUACCACUUCCUCUGCCGCUUCCGCCUCCUCAGCCGCGGACCGCCAACAAGCGCUGCUCCUGCCGCCUCGGCUCGGCCUGCAGCCCGAGCCGCUUUGGGAAAAGGAGUCGGCGCUAUACUUUUACCAAGAGUACUGCAUUCCGCCGAGUCCCGACGUCUUCUCCGGGUUCUUGAACUUUCUCCCGAACAUUGUGCUGCAGUCAGAGGCCGGGUCGACGCUGCGGGCGGCGUCGGCGGCGUCGGCGUGCCUGGCGUUGUCGCGGCGGAGCAAGUCAGCGCAUUUGUAUCAACGAGCGUGUUCGCAUUAUGGGGCGGCGCUUCGGGGGUUGAAUACGGCGCUGGGCAGCGAUGCGUCGGUGAUUUGGAACGAUGAGACGAUUGCUUCCAUCAUGUUGAUGAAUUUGUUUGAGGACAUUCACGGAAAGCCGUUCAAGAACCGAGCCUCGCAUCUUACUGCUCUGAUUCAAGUGUUUUCUAUGAGAAACAUCAAGAUACUACAGGCCCCGGCACUAAGCCCAUUAUACCGAUGGGCUUUACUACAUAUCCAAAUCCGAUCCUUCUACACUGGCGAAUCAUUCGACUGUGUGAAAAUCCCCAAACGGGACAUCAGCAGAGAAGAUCUGUCGACCGGCCUCAGCAUAUUGGUUGCCCAGAUCAAUCAAUUCUCCUCUGAAUGGAUCCACGAAAGCACCGAUUUAGACGACAGCAGGCACAAGCCCCAGGCUUUCAAUGCUCCGGCCCCUGAAGAGGCAUGGCGAAUUCAAACCCAGCUGGACCUGUGGAUGGACAAUCUGCCGCCGAUCGUGAAGCGCAGGACCCUCACAACAUCCAGCGGCACAAUCACCACCGCGUCGACCAGGAUGCUCGGCAUCACGUGGUCAUUCUACGACGCCGCGCUCGUAGUCUUCUACACCGCCGUGAUCGCGUGCUGCCGCGCAGAGCAGGGCCCGUCGGCAGAGACUCUCAUGGCGCUGGCGAGCAGCAGGCUGACAGAAUCGCUCGACGCAAUAUGCAGAUCGAUACCGUACAACAUGGGCGAGGUGGACAGGCGCGGGCGGCAUGUGGCGACGCCGCAGUGCAAGGCGGGCUCGGCGUACUACAUCAUCCUGCCGCUCGGGCUGGUCACGCACAGCCAGUAUAGUAGCGAAAGGCAUCGGGGGCUGUGCAACGAGGCGCUGGAGAAGAUACGAGAGAGACAUGGGCUGAUACAUGAGGGUUCGUGCGUGGAGAUGCUGAUUUAG